CCCACACACACAGACACAUACACACACACACACACCCUGGGGUUUAACUGAGUGACUAGCAGUGUGUGGGGGUGGGGGGGAUCUCCGAGUGUCACCAUGGAGGUCUCAGCUGUCUGAGGCUGGAGUCUGUCCCAUGACCUCCUGUUCCCACCAUGAGCUGUCUGGAUAUUAUGUACCCCACGUAUGGAGCAUAUCACCCUUUAUUUCACAAGCACCCAGCGUAUGCAGCACAGGCUCUCUCUGUUUACCCACGAGUGCAGGGUGUGGCGAUGGAAGGUGUAUCCAGCAGCUCUGGCCGCCCCUCGGCUCCCGGUAAAGAGGAUUCCAUCAGGGACAAGGAGAGACCUGAGGCUGAGUACAUUAACUCUAAGUGUGUCCUCUUCACCUAUUUUAACGGGGAUAUCAGCAGCACGGUGGAUGAGCACUUUACCCGAGCAUUAAGCAACUACAGCCCUGAGAGCAGGAGUUACAAACCCAGGAAAACCACUUCAGGCUCAUCAGAGGGCACUUCUCUGACUCAGCGCAAUUUCCCGGCAUCUUUUUGGGACAGUAAUUACCAGACUCCAGCUCCUUGCCCAGCCUCAGCAGUGAGUAGUAAUAGCAGCAGCAUUGACUCACCCACUUCCGAGCUCCAUUUCAGCCCCGCAGAGCCUUACCCGGGUCCCAUGCACCCUCACCUGGCCCAGCCACCGGAACACUGGCACUAUCCGCUGGGUGCCUCCCUCAGCUCGCAGGGUGCAGCGUAUCAUCACCCCAGGACUAUCCGCGAACUCUACCCAGUCAACCCCAACCUGGACCCCCGCUACAGCUCCUUGCUGGUGCCGACACUGCGCUCCACCCGACUGCAGCCAACCAUCUCCGGCCAAGAGACCAGCUCCCCAUGGACAGGGGUCUUCCCGACCGCCGAAGUGACACAGACUUUAAACUUAAACGUGGAAGCAGCUCAACCCUGCUGUCUUCCUGGAGGACUCCUCUUCAGCUGAUUUCUGGAAGAUUUUGGGGGCGAUAUAGAGAAAACUUCCACAUGCACACACACAAGACAUAGGCACAUCUGUUUGUACAUAUUCCAUGUCAACAAUGGACUUGGGGCUAAGCUCUCUCAUACUGUGAGUGGGAGAACACAUGCAAAAAUGUUGUAGGAAAGAGCAUUCGGUGAGAUUAUCCCAAGGAAGGAUUCCUUCAGCUCUCAUGUGACUCCGAAACUGGAAAGCAGGACUGAAAAGAAAUGACAAUCACAGUUUUUAUCAUAAUGAGAUUGAGUUAUCGUUCCCCCACUUUUUGUGAUUUUUUUUGAUGUGAAGAAUUUCGCAGUGAUUAAAGGAUAAAAAAAAUCAAAACAUGCCUCAUCGGUGGAAAUGUGUGUUCUUUGGGUUCUGUUUUUCCAGUGAUUUUGCUAAGAAAGGUCACUUUACACCCAUGAGUUGGAAUUACUGCACGUCACCAAGAGUGGCUCAAAUGGUACCACGAAAUGAGAAAAGAUUAUUCAAUUUUUAUUUCAUCUUCCAAAAUGGAUCUAUCAAGGAGAAAACAAAACUUAUAAGAAAUACAUUUAUCCAUUUUACUUUCUUUGUCAAGUAUUGCAGAAGGUAGUGGAGAUGAUUUGAUGAUCUCAUUUUAUGAAAAUGAUGAUGGGAAAAGUGGAUGACAAAUUGAUUGAAUUCUGAGGAAGGGUCACUCGACCUGAAACGUUAACUCUGAUUUCUCUCCACAGAUGCUGCCAGACCUGGUGAGCUUUUCCAGCAAUUUCUGUUUUUGUUUGUGACAAAUUGAUUGAGUUGCCUCAUAGACAGAGGAAGGUGAAUGCUAGAAUGUUUAACUCAGGCUGCAGAUACUCCUGGAGCUCUCAUUCCAUGCCUUGUGCCUACGCUACAGUAUCUGGCUCAAC